AUGAGCAGAUAUGAGGACGCCAUGAAGUACAAGAAGAAGGUGAGUACGGAAAAAUGUUGAAAAAUUUUCUUUUUCUGAGACGUUUCCCGUUUGUACCUUGGUUACACAAACUGGACGUUUCUGAGAAUUUCUAGGGAUCACUUAAAAGCUCUGACCUUGCUUAAGAAAUCACGAAAAAAUGCACAGAAACGUGCGGUGCGGUGCGGUUGUCUUACCGAGGUGCGAGCGCUGGUUUCAAAAAAAAAAAAAAAUAGACAUUUAUCUUCUCGAAAUUAACAAAAUAGCAUGCAAAAUGAAGAGGUUUAGACAUAUCCGUAGAGAUGUUCCAUAGGGCUGGGACUAUAUAGUCAAUGUUUCCCGACUUGAAAGGGGAGGGAGGCGGGGCAAGGGGCAGGACGCGUAGCGUGUGCGUUCGCGGUUCUUGGCGGCAGUUCAAUUCAAUCCCCGCCGACUAUUUAAAAAGCUCAGCAACCGCUCUUUUUUUGUAUUUUAUUUUAUUUUUUGAUGCACACACGAACAUAAUCAAUAAAUAAUGAAAAAAGAAGUGAAAAGAGCGAUAAAUAAGCUUUCUGAAUGCUCGCUAGCAGUUGAAUUGAACACGUGCCAAGAACCACACGCUACGCGUCCCGCCCCUUGCUCCGCCUCCCUCGCCUUUCAAGUCGGGAAACAUUGACUAUACCUGUAAAUAUUUUUUUUAUGCGGACUAAUAAGUAUUCAAAGUAUAGUACAAUUUCUUUUUGCCGCCACCUCCGUUAAGUUUUUGUAAAAAAAUAUGAAAUUUUUUUGAACUACGAAUAAAAAUAAUGAGAUGAAAUCUGAUUGGGAUUCUUCUGAACCGCCUUGUCGCAUUUGGAAUGGCUUGAUGCGUUGCGAAAAGAAAUUCGAUUUUCUAAACGUUUCUCGGACGCUAAUAUAUCUAGUAAAUCCAAGCGUAAGUCGUUUUAUAGUCGGAUAAGCUUCAAUGUUAACCGCCAAACGUUUAGCCGUUCCCCAGUGCGACCGAGGAAUUUUGAAAUCGUUUAUAUUUUGGUCAUUGAUGUUUUUGUACGCCUUUUUUUCCAUAAGUUAAAUGUUUCUGAUCAGUCUGCGCCCUCUUUUUCUCACCAUCUAGGUCAGAGAAUGCAACUUUCAUAAGAACAAGCUAUGACGACAGAGGAAAUUAUGCAGAGAAAUCAGACGGUUUCUUCGAAAAGUUGAAUUUUAUACCACUUUUGCUGGGAUUUCUGUGGUCAAUUUGGUACAUGAAGUCUUUUCGAAUUUUGAAUGUUAUGUCGCCCCUCAAGCUCCGCCCCUAAUGGCGCGAUAAGCCAAUCAGAGAGCGAGCCGUAUAGAGAGCGUUGUCGAGUGACGUCAUUUGUACUUUGAAAUUCAAAAAUCUAACCAGUUUUUUUCAGUUUUUAAUCAAAAAAAACACUUUCUUACACUUUUUAGAGCUUUUCAGAAUAAUCAAAAAAACGAGAAUUUAUAAAAAAAUCAACUCCUAUAUUCAGAUCGUCUACGUCGUCGACCGUGUUUUCGAAAAACAACUCCGAUCGAAAGAAAGCCAUGAAGUCAUGUCCCUGAAACUCUGGAUCGUCCUUUUUGUCUUGCGUGAGGUUUCGAAACCUUUUUCAUCAGUCUGAAUUCAAUUUUCGAUUUUUUAAAGGUGAUGAAAUUCAUCGAAUCCCAGCCUGAUUUGGCGCCAAAAGAUGCCGCUUUACUCUACGCCAAAGGAUUGUUGAAAUGGGAACCUGGCGAAGAAGUUCGGUUGGUUGAGUUUUGGUCGCAUUUGGAAUGGCUCGAAGCGCCGCGGUCGUGUUGCGGCUUUAAAAUCGCCAGCUUCCUAGAAUUGUCUGACAGUCUGGUAUCACUGCGUUCUCUCACAUUUACAUGCUGUUUUCUGGUUCCGAUUAUUCCAUCGGUAAAGGAAAAGAGAGCGCAGAUAGGUUAGACGGUUUGAAGUCUUGCCCAUUUGAUUAGCAUCAUAGAUGGGCGGAGCUGAAGGUUUAGAUUGCGGAAUAAAUUUUUUUUUGAGAUCAUUAAAUUUUCUAGCGGAACCAGGGACCCUGAAAGACACAUAAAUUAGAGUGUAAAAAUUAUUUUCAUCAAAAUUUAUUUUCAAGAAGUUUUAUUCAUACAUCGGUUGGAUCCCACCCCCAGCCUUUCGCGCGCGAAUAAAAAAUUUGAAAAUUUUUACUUUUUGGGAGGUAUGGCCCACUUUUUGAGGGGUAGAGCGCACUUUUCGGUGGGUAGGGCGCACUUUUCGGGGGGUACGGCGCACUUUUCGGGGGGUGAAGCGCACUUUUCGGGGGGGUGAGGCGCACUUUCUGAGGGGUAGACUACCGGGGUAGGAUCCAGCCGAUGUAUGGUUUUGUUGGUAUACACGGAAUGCGGAAAAGUAUAUUUUUUGUGAAGCAGGAACCUGGAACUCCGCCCAUUUCUAAUAUGGCUUUUACUGAUUACUCGAUCGCAAGUCGUUUCGAGUCGGUCGCGCCUUAGAGCAACUGUUCCGCGUGCGAGCCACUCCAAGCGCAACUACCGACUUCGAAACUGAACAGGAAACUUAUUUUCCAGAAAACCUCUGGAUACCUUAUUGAGAAACUGUGUCUUGGCUUUCCCUUAUAAGCAGUCCUUGUUGUACGACACAUUGCGGAAGGUUAGUUUUUGAACUAACUAGGCCUUGAGAACUCCAAAGUAGUCCCUAUAGGGGUAAGCUCAGGGGCCCUUCGAGGGUUCCCUUUAGGACCACUAAAGCUUGCUAAAGUGGUCCCUACCUCGAUGAUUUUUAUCAGAGCUGUUCUCGGGGCGGCCCCGGUCGACCGAGGGCGCCCCGAUUUGCGGCGUGUUCGAGGGCGGCCGCGGUCGGCCUUUGGUAAGGGUCAACUCGGUCGACCCGUAGAUACAAAUUUUUUUGACUCCCGGUUUUUUGCGAAUUAUAAGAAAGCGAAAGAAGCGCAAGUUUUACUGAAAUGAAAGUGAAACAAAAAAACAUUUUUUUAUCGAGAACAUAAAGAAGAAAAAAACCGAUGAAAUGAGAUAUUAAUCCAAAAAAAUUCAAUAGUUUUUCUAAGUGGCCAGAACAAUUUACAGAACUAGAGAAAACAAAAAUAAUGAAUAAGAAAUAAUUUGAAAUUUUCACAUCAUCAGGAAUUUCAUUUUCGCAAAAAAAUUCAUUCAAACCACUAUUUGAAAUAUUAUUUUUUUAUUUACAACGAGAAAAACGAAAAAGAUUCGAAAAAGUGAAAUCAAAAAGCCCGAUUUCUAUCAAAAACAAUAAAAUUAAACUUUUCAUGGAUCAUAAAUAACUUAAACAUUCAUUUUCAAUAUGAAAAACCGAAAUAAAAACAAAAAAUACGGGAAAAAAAAAUCCUCGCGCUCGCUUCGGGGGCCUGAAUGAAAACCGCUUCGCGGCCGGGGCGCGUCGCGGUCGGGUCGGGGCGGCCUUGGCCAGGGUCGCCCCGACUUGAGAACAGCUCUGAUUUUUAUGAUCUUUAAGCGAAGAAGCAGUUCCAUGAGAAAAAAACUGAAUAAAUAAGUGUUUUUUUGACUUAAAUUGAAAGGCCCCUAGAGGGUCCACUUGAGCUUUGUGGGCUAAGGGGUCAGACUCUAAACCCCUAUAGAGGCCAUUUAGUUUUACUCCUAUAGAGACCAGGGGUUGUUUUUCCCCUUUAAUCCCUAUAGGGACCACUCUGGAAUCCCUUAGUGAUAUUAAAUAAAAACUUUUGAUGAAGCAGAAAUUUUUUCCUUAAUGGAGAGUUUCUGCUCAAUUUCCGUUCGUUUUUAACCCUUUUUUCAAUUUAUUUUUAAUUUUUCAGCUUUUUGAUGUUCGAAAUCUUAACAGGCUAUGAAUUAAGAGAUUUCGUCAAAGUGGCAUACUGAAAUAGGUAUACGGAAAUAGAGAUUUUUGUUCAUAGAUUGCACAAAAUCGUUUUCAAAUGAUUUAUAGUUUUUCAAAGAUUAUUUCUGUCUACUUGACUGAAAAAAAAAGCCUUUCAGGCUCUCGGAACCAGGCAGCUGGGCUGCGGUCCGGCGACCUAUGACUUCAUCCUCCAGGCCCUUUUUGGCCAAAGGCUUUUGACCGUUUCCACCUUCUGCUCCGUUUGUGGGAAGCCGUCGGCUAAAAAACGGUGUCCGGCGUGUAAGGUUAAUGAAAGAAAAAACAAAGAAAUUAUCAAAAAACUAUUUGAAAUAAGAGCAAAUGAGCAAGUUGAAGUGUUAAAGUUUACUGUUAAAAAUUAGAAAAAAAAGCUCAAAUAUAGUCUGUGUGCCACGACUUGAAAUUUCACGGAACGACAUUCCACUGUUCCGCUGCGUGCGUUCGCGAAGCGUCUUUCGAAUCUAGGUCAUGCUUACAAUUGAUUGUUAUUGAUGUGGGAGCACAAGAAAGUAGAGUACCUUAAUAAAAAAAAAUAAUUAAAAGCGCGACCGAGGUUCGCAAAUGCGCGCAGCGGCACAGCGGAAUGUCGUUCGGUAAAAUUCCAAGUCGCAGUACACAGGCUAUAAUACUCGAUUUUUUGCUGAUUCCAAAGAUAACUUAUUCCCCUGUUUCUUCUUUCAGAUAUCAAAAAACCGGCUUGAAAAAAUUAAUUUUCUGAUUAAACGUCCCUCGGUCAAAAAACGCACAAAGAAAGUUUUUCUCAACUCUAAAAGAUCCAAAAAAAUACUAGAUUUUUCGCUGAUUCUAAAAGUAUCUUACAUGACAGGCAUUCUCUUAAUUUUGACCAGAAAAGAGUCGGUUUGAAAAAAAAAUUUUUUUUCCAACCUUGAUCCUCUGCCCAAAAAUGCAUUCAAAACAUUUUUUGAAAGUUCUAAAAUUGAAGUCCUAGGAAACACUAGAUUUUUUCUGAUUCUAAAAUCACUCUUUUUUUUUCGCUUCUCAUCCUCUUCAAUUUGACACCAAAAAACCGGUUUGCAAAGAUUUUUUUGGUCAAACAACGCACAAAGAAAGUUUUUCUCAACUCUAAUGGAUCCCAAAAGUUAUCAGAUUUUUUUGCUAAUUCCAAAAAAAUACCUCAUUCUUUUCAUUCAGAUCUCAAAAAAACCGGCUUGAAAAAAAUUAAUUUUUCUGAUUUAACGUCCCUCGGUCAAGAAACUCACAAAUAAAGUUUUUUCAAAAGUUCAAUUUUUUUAAUGUCAGAAAAAUACUAUAUUUUUUUCGCUGAUUUCAAAAAAAUAUCCCAUAUGCCAGCCAUUCUCUCAAUUUCAACCAGAAAAAAGUCGGUUUGAAAAAAAAUUUUGACUUCACCUCGCUUGGUCAAAAUAGCACAGAGACAGUUUUUCUCAACUCUAAAAGAUUUCAAAAAUUACUGGAUUUUUCACUGAUUCCAAAAAUAUCCAAUUCAUCAAUCAUUCUUGUUCUUAAGAGCUUCUUUUAAAUCAAUAUAAUUUUUUGAAUAGUCUACAGACAAUAACGCUUCUUUCGAUGGGGCAGCCUUUUAUGAGAAAAAUUCUUAAACGUUAAAACUUUGGGGCUCUGAAAUCAGUUAGACUAUUUUGCUGAUUACAAAUAUACCCUAUUUACGAGCCAUUCUUCCCAUUAUUACUCACAGCGUUCUAAAACGGGGUUCACGCAAAAAGAGGCGCACACUAUUCUCAAUGGAGCGCGUAACUUGGAGCGUUGUCAAUCAAAAAUCAAAGUGCUUUUUUUCUUUAAUUUACAUGCUAUUAACUUUUUUUGAUUGUUUUUUUAAAAAUCUUUUUUUGUUUCUAUGCACGUAAAUUUUUUUAAUUAAUGUUUUUUUAAACGUAUUAGAAAGUUUUUUUAAAAGUAUCCAUAGCUCGGUAAUGUGUCGAAACGUUGUUUAAAAAAAGAAAAAUACUGUAUCCAAGAGAUAAAACCGAAAAUCGAAAUUCCAACUCCAAGAAUCGAUCAAAAUAUCAGUUUCCAACUAAUAAACAAGAAAAAAAAGCUGUCAGUGUCCGCGCAAAAGAGAAAAAUUUCGACUUGACGAAAAAAUUCAAAAAAAGGUGUAAUUGGUCUGUACCUAAGAGAUAAAACCGAAAAUCGAAAUUUCAACUCCAGGAACCGAUCACAUUAUCAGUUUUCAAUUACUUAAACAGGAAAAAAAAGAAUACUAAAUCAAACCUGAGUUAAAAGUUUCGACUUUCGUGAACAGAACAAUUAUGUAGUCCUUUGAACCAAUCAAACCACAAGAAAAUAAACUGCGAAAUUUUAAGAGAGGUAUAGGAAAUGACUAGCAACACUUGGAAACUAUAAAUGUCAGGAAAAAAAAUGCUAGCCUUCAAAUAAUCAAAAAAUCCGGACUCUUAAUUACGACGCGAAAAAGACGAUUGUUAGCCACGCCCACUCAUGCAACGUCCGCAUGCUUUUCAGAAAAGGGGCGGGAACCCCGCUUUAGAACGCUGUGUACUGGAAAAAAUUGGUUUAAAACUGACGAUCCUGAGCCAGAAAACUCGCGAUGAAAGGUUCUAAAAUUACAGUUUGCUGAUUCCAAAACACCCCCACUGUCAGCCAUUCUUGUCGUUUUGACCUGAUUUAAAAUCGAUAAGAUCAAAAAAAUCAAACUACAAACAGUAAAGCUCAUUUCUGACGGACCAACCUAAAACUAUUGCCAUUUUUCAGCUCUGCUACUGCUCCCAGGAAUGUCAAAAGUUCGACUGGCCCCUCCACAAAACGAUCUGUCAAUCACUGAAAUCCCUGAACAAACCCCUUUCCGUUGAAGAUUCUUCCGUGUCCCUUGAUGAUAUCCAAGCUCAGAUUUCUAACAUUGAUGUUUAA